CGAUUUUGUCGGCCGGUACUGUGAAACUGAUAGAGAUUGACCUAAAUAUAAGACCUAAGAUGUACCUACGCAUAUGUAGCGACUAGGCCGGAGUACGAAUCAUAAGCGACAAUUUUUUGACGCAGUGGUCAGAAACGAAACGUGUCCUGUGGUGACUCCAAGAGAAUUAAAUUGGAAAGACAUGGACGGAACAUGGUACGUGGCAGCGGUCGCCACAGACAUGCAGGUCCAGGGUGACUGCGCGAUGAUAAUCUUCGACCACCAGGAGACCCCGGACGUUUCCAUCAGGUGGAUCACCAACAACACCGCUUCCUUCUAUAACGGCUCUGUGGCUCUGACUCCUGAUCCAAACGGCAACAGUACAGGCGGUGAUCUUUUACUGGUGACCUAUAAUGACAACAAAACGGAGACUUAUUCGUUUCUGGACAUCAACUACGAACAUUAUGCUGUCGUGUUCGCAUGUUACAACAACGACGAUGGUAGCAGCACAUAUGAAAUUUGGAAAUUGACGCGCACGCCACAUCUGAAGGACACGGACGCCGUGAAACUAGACCAGGCUAUAGCGAACUACAGUCUACAAGGCACACCUUUCAUCAAUUUUAAUAAUACAGAAGACACUUGCCGGAUUAACGCUGGCAGACAGUUGGAUGCGUCGACUCUCAUAAUGACGUCAGCGGCUGCGAUCACGCUCCUCAGGCGAAUGUUCUAGAUGGAAUAGCGAAUCGGACCGCUCUUAAUACUAUUACGUGCUGGGGUUCGGGAUAAAUAAAUGUUCCACCAAAGUACAACUUAAAACUGUAUUAGCACUUAGAACACUUAAAACACUUCACAAACACUUUAAAAUUCUCAAUUUGCAUCUUCCGCCUCGCUUCAGGUGAUCCGUUCGCUCUUUUGCUUCGAGUAGUUCCGAUUACUAACUGCAUGUCAUCUCUACAACGCUUUUAUAGUCAAGACGAAAUCCCUAGAAUCGUCGAGAGUAUUCCACGCAAGUCGAGUAUUGUGUGUUUCCGUUAUCUCACAAUAGAUGGCGUUGUACUUCUUAAGCGUUCUAGACGCUAGAAGAUCCUUCUAUAUUCGUUCGGCUAUUCGGCGAUAGAUGGCGUCACGCUUACCGGCGUAGCAAUAUGUUGAUCGCGCAAUAAUUAGGCUGGAACGUGACGUCGUUUCUGGUCAAAAUAAAGUACAGUCUAGCCAUAGGGCUUAAUUAACUUAUUAUGAUUAGGCACAUUUGACAUCUUUAUUAAGGUUUAAUUUGACUGGAACGAAAGAAUGAUCGUCUUUGUAUAUCUAAUUAAUACAAGAGUUAUUUAUUAUAUACAAUUUUAUUUGUAGGUUGUGUAUAACUUAAAUUUGUGGGCAUUGAUUAUCCAGCGCUGGCUAGAUUUAAAUUGGUUAGUGAAGCAGAAAACUUAAUGUUUAUAGAUGCAUACUGUGCAUACAUAAUGUUUUUGGCAAUAAGUAUUAUUGGAUCCGAAUAAUGUCUUGUGCACAGCUGGAACGGAAUUCAGAGCCCUAUCCAUAAGUCAGAGUCUAACCUGUAGAAAGUUAGAGCAUCAAAAUUUUGACCAUCAAUAUUUGGAUUAAGUGUAAAUCAAUUUUAACAGUAAUUAACUAAAAGUCGGGUGUUAUUAAAUUAUUUAUUUAAAUUUAAAAUAUUAUGAUUUUAUUUAUUUAUUUUUUGAUUGAUUUUAUUUAUUUUUCAAAUGUAAACCUAAAAAUUGUUCAGUAACAAAUGUUUUAAGUUCUCUUCUGCAGAAUUAUAUUACACUGACAUCUAGCGUAACAUUAAAGAACCAAAAAACUUGUUUAAACGGUGGAAUCAUCUCAGAGCAGUAGUUCAAUGUAUUGAAAUAGAUGGCGCUGUUUUACAUUUAAAGUCUCAAGUUUCCAUUGAUGUUAAUAAAUUAUAGGAAAUUUAAUGGUACCACUAACUACCAAAUAAAGAUAUAAAGUUAA